AUGGCAAAUUUAUUCAGCUACGAUGCAGAACUAGGCUGCAAACAGAGGUCACUCUCCGUUCAAAUGGUGGACGGUAAAAUGUUCAUUGAAACGAAAGUUGCUCCUCAAGCUGGAAACACCAUCUUGGAUUUAGGUUGCGGUACAGGAGAGCUGUCUGCAUAUCUGGCUGAGCUUGUACGACCCGAGGGAAAGGUUGUAGCUGUUGACCCUGACAAGGAACGACUUCUACUGGCUCAGCGCUCUUACGGUGAUGUCAAGAAUCUCUCAUUUGUGGAAGGAAACGCUUCAAACUUCCCAGGGAUUGAAUCUGAGUCAUACUACAAUAUUUUCUGCAAUUAUGUCAUCCACUGGAUCCCUGACAAACAAGAAGUCUUCAAGAAUAUGUUUAAAAGAGUGGAGGGAAAAUAG